AAGUUAGUAAUUUCCGAAAGCAAAGCAGAAGAAAGUGCAGCAGCAGCAGCUUCUCCAGCAAUGGCCGAAAUCUCAGAAGCUCCAGACUCCGAUUCCUCCAAAUUAUUCGGCAGUGAUAGUAAAGCACCACAACGACCCGAUUCUGAACCCGAAUUCGACCCUAAAUUGAUGCGUAAAACCAAACCCGGAUUGAAGCGCCUCUUUCUUACCUUCUCCGUCCUCUUUUCCUUCCUCCUUGGUUUCCCAUUCUUAUGGAAAUCCGUCGAAAUCUACCGUUCUCCUCUGCCGUUUCGCGAAAUCGACUCGCUCUCGACUCAGCUUCGAUCCGACACUUUACUCUUUCCGCUCCAUUUCCACGCCCUUUUCGUGGGAUUCGAUUCCGAUCCGGAUCGCCUCCGUUGGUCAAUCCUCUCCGAAAUUACCAAACUGACCUCUCAAAACCCUAAAUGCUCCGACAACUACACUCUCUCCGUCACCGUGGACUUAGGUUCCCGUUGCCUCCGAGGCCGAACCUCGUCCCCACAUUCGAGUUCUUACCAGUGCGGAUCGGUCACUGGCGGUGAUUUUGUCCAGAACGAUGACGUGGCGGUCGAUGAGAGGUUGGCGUCGGUUUUUGGCGGGAAAAACAAUGAGUAUAGUAUGGCGGUGGUGAAGGGUGUGAGUGAGAGAGCUGUUGUUGGGAAGUAUAGGCACGCGUGGAUGGUAGUUGGCGAUGGCAGCGAUGUGGAGAUGGCAGUGGUGAAGGUUGCGGAAGUGCUUAUCAAGGUGUUCAUUAAUGGAGGGAGAGAGGAAGGGUUGAUCCGGAAUGAGUUUAUGCCUGUUGGAGCCGAUGGCAAGAUCGUUCUUUCCUUCAAUUUGCUCAAUGCGGAUCCCCAUGAUUGGGUUUAUGAUUGGGAUUUUGAAAAGAUUGAUGAUACCUUGUUAACCCCUAUGAUAGAGGCUUUGGGACCUGUGGCAAACAUCAGUGUAGAGAGUCAGGUUUUGUACCAUACACCAAAGGCCUCAUUCUCUUAUUGGAAUCAAAAGUUGGAGAGCUAUGUCUUUAGCACCAAAGAUCUUCCUUUCUUUGUAAAUUCCAAUGAAUGGCACUUGGAUACUUCAAUUGCAGCUGGUGGGAGAUCAAAGAUAUUGCAAUUUGCGGUAUAUGUACCAUCUGCAAAGGAAUGCCCUCUUCUUCUCCAGCUGCCAAAUGGAGAGAUUUCUAAGACAAAUGGCUUUAUAUCUCCAAUGUGGGGAGGUGUUAUUGUUUGGAAUCCCCAAGGCUGUUUAAGGGAUUCAGAAUUCAAGCCCAGUGCCAAGAACAUAAUUCCCAUACAGGACCUUGAGAAUAUGUUUGAAGUAUUCAUUGGGCAAUUCCGGCAACUAUUUGGUUUCAAAUCUUUGAAUGUUUACACGGGUGCAUCAGGCGAUUGGAACCUUCUGCCUAGUGAAAGAGGUUUUACCGAGUGGGAAUUGGACGUCUUGUCACGGCAACACACGUGUUUUAAUCUUCAUUCAUGUGCUACGACACUUGGAUCUCUUUCAAGAUUGGUUCAAUCACUGCCAAGGAUGAUUAUCAAGGAUGAGAUAGGAAAACAGGUAAAGCUUUCUCUUGAAGCAGCAAAGCUGGCACUAAGUAAUGCCUCUAGUGGAGUGUAUGAAUCUUCAGCUGCUUCAUCCAGUCAGGCAAGGUCUCUGGCAGAGGAUGCCUUUUUCCACCCAUCUAUUAUGUCUGUCAGCUACUAUUCUUUUGAGCACUGCUUUGCCGUCUACUCGCCAUUCUUUUUGCCCGUUUCGAUGCAUGUUGUGCUUGCAGCUCUAAGAGAAUUAAGAAGAUAUAAGCAAGAAAAGGCCAAGUACCUAGCUUGGAAGGCUAAAGCAAACACGGCAACAUAAAGCAAAGGCCCCAACUGCAAAAGGGAAUAUUCUAAGCCAUGGGAGAUAUUCAAGAAACAAUUUGGCGACAGGGUCCGAAACACAAUUUUUGCAGCAUUGUAACCCUACCAAUUUGCCUCAUGCCUUAUACCAUAGAAAACUUAUCUAAAAGUGGUUGAAUUUGGGACUAUUUUUUAUGAGUCCAAGUUUUGGCUAUAUGCGACUGCUGUUUGAUGGAAAUGCAAUGGAUGUAUUCUUUAUAUAA